GUGUGUGUGUGUGUGUGUGUGUGUGUGUGUGUGUGGAGGAGGAGACCUGGAGGGUUGGACCUGCAGCAGCAGGAGGAGGAGGAGGAGGAUCCCAUCAGUCCGCAGGUCAUCAUCACCUCCUCCUCCUCCGCCUCACUAACACUCUGCUUCUCUCUGCUCCUCCUGGCCCGGCUCGGCUCAGCUCGGCUCGGACCAGGACACACACACCCUUAUACACGUACACACACACAGACGGACAGACCGAGGAGGACAGGAGCAGGAGAGCGCGGGAGAGCAGGAGCGGGACCUGCAGGAUCCGGGUUCCGGCUGCGGGCUCCCGUCAUGCUGGGCACGGUGAAGAUGGAAGGGCACGAGGCUCCGGACUGGAGCGGAUACUACAGCGAGGAGGUGUAUUCUCCAAUGACAGGCGGUGGAAUGGGUUCUGGUCUCGGGAUGGGCUCCAUGUCGGGCUACAUGUCCAGCAGUGGGACCACGUCAGGCUCCUUCAACAUGUCAUACAGUGGGACUGGUCUGAGCCCCGCCCCGGUUGGGGGAAUGGGUGGCCCAGCCCCAGCGGCCAUGUCGGGUUUGGGAGGGGGUGUAGCCUCAAUGGGCGGGACUCUGAGCCCAUCCAGUAUGAGCUCGGUGUCGGCCCAACAGGCCUCAAUGGGUCUGAACCCGUAUGGGGGCAUGAGUCCCACCAUGAGUCCCGGCAUGGCCUACGGUGGUGGUGGGCUGAACCGUGGCCGUGACAACAAGGCGUUCCGACGGAGCUACCCGCACGCCAAACCCCCCUACUCGUAUAUCUCACUGAUCACCAUGGCGAUCCAGCAGGCGCCCAGCAAGAUGCUGACGCUGAGCGAGAUCUACCAAUGGAUCAUGGACCUGUUCCCGUAUUACCGGCAGAACCAGCAGCGCUGGCAGAACUCCAUUCGGCACUCGCUGUCCUUCAACGACUGCUUCGUUAAGGUGUCGCGCUCGCCGGACAAACCGGGGAAGGGCUCAUAUUGGACCCUGCACCCGGACUCCGGGAACAUGUUCGAGAACGGCUGCUACCUGCGCCGCCAGAAGAGGUUCAAGUGCGAGAAGAAGAUGUCGACAAAAUCGGACGGCAGGAAGGAGCAGGGGGGAGGAGGGGGAGGAGCAUCUCCCUCUGGGGACUCCAUCAAACCUCCAGGGCUCCUGGACUCCUCCUCCCUGCCCUCCUCCAGCCAGACGACCUCGCCUCCCGGUCUGGACCUGCGGGGAGGCGUCGGCGGGGCCUCGGACCUGAAGGUGUCUAGCUCCCAGCUGCUGUCCUCCCUAUCGUUACCCCCCCACUCCAUGGCGCAUGAGUCCCAGCUGCACCUCAAAGGUGACCCCCACUACUCCUUCAACCACCCGUUCUCCAUCAAUAAUUUAAUGUCGUCCUCAGAGCAGCAGCACAAACUGGACCUGAAGGCCUACGAGGCGCUGCAGUACUCCUCCUACGGCGCUGGGGGGGCCUCCGGCCUCGGGGGGAGGACCAUGGAGCCUCUGGAGGCAUCCUACUACCAGGGGGUGUAUCCCAGACCGCUCCUCAACACUUCGUAGUACCCGCUGCACUUCCUGUUUGGACUCUUACUCUCUGCAUGCAGCCGUUCUGGACUUCCUGUCUGACUGUGAUGAUCGACUCUGCUGCUGCUGGUCUGAACUCCUGCACUGUGACCAAACCAGGACACUAAGAGACACGUUCAAACUGAUCCCAGGUCUGUUUUCUCCUUUUACACACAGAGUCACAAACAACUAGAGCUCAUGUUUCAAAGGUUCACAGUCCAGCAGUCACACGCCGCACUGCUGCAGCAGGUUCCCUCAUGAUAGCGGUUUCCACCCAACAGUAGUCGGGACCCCAACAGGUCUUUGAACUCAACAGGGUCCAACAGGAGAGUUAAAAAAAACACUGUUCCAGGUUAAAAAAAACCCAUCUGAACAUAAAUAAAUAUCCAGUAUUCAUUCUAUGGCAAUAAUAUAAAACAGGUUUUAGACGGAGACAGAAACUGGUUUGUUGGUACUAGUUGGUUUACUGGAUGUAUUUCAGCCUCCGAGUGACUCCAGAGCUUCAAGUUUAAUAUGAGAGUCAAGAACUGUUCACAGACCAGAACUCAGUCGAAAGACUGCAACUUGACUAUCAAUUGGUUUUUGGUAAUUUGAUUUCAAAUUAAAAAGGGGCCAGACAUCCCAACCUGAGUCAGGAUCCCCAAAAAAUCCCUACCUGGGGUUCUGGAGUCCAGAAGCCCCUACGUAUCCAAACCUGAGGGUCUGGACCCCCCUACAGAUUCCUACCUGUGGGGCUGCACUCCCAAAAAAUCCCAUCCUGAGGGUCUGGACUCUGGAACCCCCUACAUAUCCAAACUUGAGCGCCUGGACCCCCCACCAAAUUUCAACCUGAGAUUCUGGACUCCAGAACCCCCUACAUAUUAAAACCUGAGGGUCUGGAUCCCCCUACAGAUCACUACCUGUGGGUCGGGACCCCCAAAAAAAUCCCAACCUGAGGGUCUGGACUUUGGAACACCCUUCAUAUCCAAACCUGAGGGUCUGGACCCCCCAACAGAUCCUGGCCUGUGGGUCCAGACCCCCAACAAAGGGGUCUGUGUUGGGUCUUCUGAAGUCACUUCACAAAGUUUAAGAUCUCUUUCCUGCAGGCCACUAACACAACUCCAGCUCCCAUGAUGCACUGCACACUGAUGCUGUACAUUAGAUCUCACAGUGACUGAAUGAAGCAGUUUGAUUCUCUCUGCUCUCUCUGACAUGUUCGUAUUUACACUGCAUGAUUUUAUUUUGGCGGGGCUUUGGGCUUUCCUGCUGAUCAGACUGAGUUCACUUUAAAGAUAUUUAAAUAUUAAGUUAAUGAAAGAAAAAUAAAUUCAAAUAAAACAACCCGUCGUCCUCGUCACAGAUGCUUUUAUUAUGUUCUUUUAUUUAUGUUUACAUGAGCAUGAGGAAGAAAAACUUUCAUAAAGAAGAUGGCGACAUGGUUUGUGUGACAGAAUCAUGUUUACAGUGUCAUUAACACCCCGAGGCCCCUCAGAGGGCCCCGGCCCACAGGUCAAAGGUCACCUGUUGAUGAUGAGGUUGCGACGCUGACAGAUUAUUGUAAUAAUAUAAUUUUUUUUGAUCAGGAUUUAUUUCUCCCAUGACCUCGUCGGUUCUCAGCUGACCUCCUGAGGGGUCGCGACCCUCAGAGUGAGAAACCCACACAGAUAAAAAGGCCUCUCAUUUAAAGGGUCAGUUCACUCAAACAUUCUCCGGCCUCGCUGUUUGUCAUCGUCUGUAUCCGGGCAGAUUUUUAAUCGCUUUCCCACCAUUUGGUCUGUACAUGUAUUUUUUUUUUUUUUUCAGUGAUGUUUUUGCAUCAAUGAAAAGAGGCCUUAAAACAUAAAAUACAAACUUCAUGAGGAAAUAAAGACAAAAAAUAAUUUUAGCUGAAUUAUUUUCUGUCUUCAUUAUUUUGAAUUAAAACAAACAGAUUAUAUUGAUUAAUAAGGUCCACGUGUGUCUGUCUUGGUGUAAUAUAUGAUACAAAUAAUUGAAAACAUCAGUUCUCUAAAAGGAAAAACAGCGACAUUUAUCAGAAACUUAAUAAAUAAAUUGAAUAAAAACAAUUUAAAUAUUUUGUAUGAAUAAAUGAACACAAAAUAUUUGAAUUCUGAGUUAGUAUUUUAAUUUUCUGGACUUUAAAGGGUCAGAAUAAAUAAUAUUUUACGAGCUGAUUUUCACUCCUGAAAUUUUGUUGAGAAUCAUUGAUGGUAAAAAUAAUUAAAUGUUUAGUCAGUGAACUGGAAAAAAAUAAAUCUUAUCGGUGACUUUUGUGACUCAUGAACAUCGUUUAUUUGGGAAAAUUAAUCAUUUAUUUGAAUUAAAAGAAAAUAAAUUAUUUGUCAGAGAUGAAACAUAAAAGUUGUUUAAAAGAAAUUCUUGAUUUGAGAACUACAGAUUUGGAGACUCUUUGUUUGGUGACUCUCACUGUGUGUGUAAAAGGAGAAACUACUUCCUGUUGGGUGUAUUUAAAUCGCAGCUCUUCUGUCCAUCACUGAUUAUUGAUUAUUAAUUAUUAUUCCUACCAUGU